ACGCGUCCACAUCUCUUCGUAGACAGAUCGAGAGGAGGCUCCUGAGAGACUCUUCCUCCUUGGAGUGUGCCGCCUGGUCCUGGUCCUCAGCCCCCGGAGAAGAUGCAGCAGUCCCAGGCCUUCAGCUACCCGGAAGUCGCCCGAGACGAGAGCGCAAUAGACGACUACCAUGGGGUGAAAGUAGCUGAUCCGUACAGGUGGCUGGAAGAUCCAGACAGUGAGCAGACCAAGGCCUUUGUUGAGGCGCAGAACAAACUUACUAUGCCAUUUCUUGAACAAUGCCCUGUCAGACGGCUAUUUAAAGAACGAAUGACUGAGCUGUACGACUAUCCCAAAUAUAGCUGCCAUUUCAAGAAAGGGAAGAGGUAUUUCUAUUUCUACAAUUCUGGCCUUCAAAAUCAAAGAGUGAUGUAUGUUCAAGAUAAUCUAGAUGCCGAACCCCGGAUUUUUCUGGACCCUAAUACAUUUUCUGAAGAUGGCACUGUUGCAUUGCGAGGCUAUGCGUUUACCGAAGACGGGGAGUAUUUUGCCUAUGGGUUAAGUCACAGUGGCUCAGACUGGGUUACAAUCAAGUUCAUGAAAGUUAGCAAUCAAGAAGAGCUCCCAGACGUUCUGGAAAGAGUAAAGUUCAGCUGCAUGUCUUGGACCCAUGAUGGCAUUGGGAUGUUCUACAACUCUUAUCCUAAACAAGAAGGCAAAAGUGAUGGUACGGAAACCGUCACCAAUCUCGACCAGAAACUCUUUUAUCACGUCCUUGGAACCGACCAAUCACAGGAUGUAUUAUGUGCUGAAUUUUUAGAUGAGCCUAAAUGGAUGGGGGGUGUUCAGGUUUCAGAUGAUGGCCAGUACAUAAUAUUGUCUAUCAGAGAAGGCUGUGAUCCAGUCAACCGUCUGUGGUAUUGUGACUUGCACAAGCAGCCAAAUGGUAUUACUGGAAUUCUUCCAUGGGUAAAGCUAAUAGAUAAUUUUGAUGCAGAGUAUGAAUAUGUCACAAAUGAAGGCACCGUCUUCACAUUUAAAACUAACCGCAGUGCCCCAAACUACAAGCUGAUCAACAUAGACUUCAGUGAUCCUGGUGAAUCCAACUGGAAAGAACUUGUGCCAGAGCAUGAAAUAGAUGUUCUAGAAUGGGUAGCCUGUGUUCAUUCAAAGUUCCUGGUCCUAUGUUACCUCCAUGAUGUGAAGAAUGUGUUACAACUACAUGACCUUGCCACAGGCAGCCAUCUUAAAACCUUCCCUCUGGAUGUUGGCAGCAUUGUGGGUUAUAGUGGCCAGAAGAAAGACUCAGAAAUAUUCUACCAGUUCACUUCAUUUUUAUCACCUGGUAUUAUUUAUUACUAUGACCUGACCAAAGACACCCAGGAGCCAAGGGUUUUCCGGGAAGUGACUGUGAAAGGAUUUAAUCCGGCGGACUACCAGACAGUGCAGGAAUUUUACUCUAGCAAAGAUGGGACCAAAAUUCCGAUUUUUAUUGUCCACAAAAAGGGUAUUAAAUUGGAUGGUUCUCAUCCUGCUUUUCUGUAUGGCUAUGGUGGUUUUAACAUCUCUAUCACCCCAAGUUACAGUGUAUCCAGAUUGAUCUUCGUAAGGCAUUUAGGUGGCAUUCUUGCUAUUGCAAAUAUCCGAGGUGGAGGAGAGUAUGGGGAAACGUGGCAUAAAGCUGGUAUCUUGGGUAAGAAGCAGAACUGUUUUGAUGACUUCCAGUGUGCUGCUGAGUAUCUAGUGAAGAAAGGGUACUCCACUUCACAGAAAAUCACCAUCAAUGGAGGUUCAAAUGGUGGCCUUUUAGUUGCUGCAUGUGCUAAUCAGAGACCAGAGCUGUUUGGAUGCGCCAUUGCUCAAGUUGGUGUUAUGGACAUGUUGAAGUUCCACAAGUUCACUAUUGGUCAUGCAUGGACAACAGACUAUGGGUGCUCCGACAAUAAAGAACACUUUGAAUGGCUAUACAAAUACUCACCACUUCAUAAUAUCAAGGUGCCUGAAGGAGAUGGGAAGCAGUAUCCAGCCAUGUUGCUGCUCACGGCAGACCAUGAUGACAGAGUUGUUCCUUUACAUUCUCUAAAAUUUAUAGCUACUCUGCAAUUCAUCGUGGGUCGAAGCCCAAAACAGACCAAUCCUCUCCUCAUCCACGUGGAUACCAAAGCCGGCCACGGGGCAGGGAAGCCAACUGCCAAAGUGAUUGAGGAAGUCUCUGAUAUGUUUGCUUUCAUUGCACAAUGUCUAAAUCUCAGUUGGGUUGAAUAAGUAAAACUGGAUGGAUUUCAUUUUUAACACAAGGGCUUUUCUGUCACAUGACAAACUUCAGUAUAUUUCUUUGCAAGACUGAAUUUCCUAUUUUAUCAUCAUUUUACAUGCAUCCCUGUUACUUGAGCCACAGUAUACUGUAUCAUGAAUUGAGAUGGUCUUUUUCUUAAUCAGAGCGUGAACGGUAUAUCUUUUUAUCAGAUAUGUUUCGAAGGUACUGCCCUUCAAGUAACUUUACGCAUACUUUAUCCACAGCAUUUGAGAAGUUGUAAAUGUGUAUGACGGAAAUCAAAUAAAUAUUUGCUUCCA